AUGUCUUCAGAUAAGUUAUUUUUUUAUAUUAUUAAAAGAAACGAUAAUUUCGAUUUGACGGCUUUGUCAGAAAAUAAAUUAGCGUGGUAUAAUUUGCCCGAUGAUUAUAAAGAUUUGGCUGAACAUAAAGUUUUAUGCUCAAAGCGAGUGAUAAAAAAUACAAUUAUGACAAUAAAACCGAUUAAUGGUUACCGCAAAAUUGGCAUAACGAUUGAUGACGAAUUAAGAAAAGAAUAUUAUGACGAAGACGGCAAUUUAUGCUUUUUAAACAUGCCACUAGAAGAAGCUAAUAUAAGUAAUGAACACGUGGUUGCUGAUAAAUCAGAUGAGAAAAAUUUUUUAAUCGAAAAAAUUAAAGAAUUGGAAGCGAAAUUAAAUUUAGAUAAUAAAUUUAAAUUGCAUGAUGUUGAAAAAAGGUUUAUUUUAGACAAAUUUAAUAAAAGUCAAAAUGUUAACGAUUGGCUAGAAAAAUUUGAAAACGAGUGUAUAAGACACAAAAUAUUCGACGCUACCAAUAUGAUAGAAGCACUUCGAUUUUUUUUAUCGGGUUCAGCAGAAAAUUGGUACGACGCAAAUAUAAUAAAAAUUGGUUUAACUAAUUGGUCAGAAUGGAGAGCAUCGUUUCUCACAGUAUUUGCUGAUAAAGAAAAUGACCAAAUCCUUAUCGUUUUAUUUGUUAAAUAUCUGAUAAAUGAUUUCAGCAGUAAAAAAUGUUUACAAGAAUUUGCCGCCGGUAGUACAAGAACAGGAAAGAAGCUAAAUAUAGAUUGGAAAACUGAAAAACCCAUUGACAAUUUGGUGCUAAAAAAGUUUGCUUCCAAGCUUCCUGACCUUGAGAAGAAGGUCAACACUAUAAAGCCAUUCUUAUAUAUAAUUCAAUGGUAA